AUGAAUGGUUUGAAGAACUUCAUGACCAAAACUUGGAUUUUUGUUCAGUUACCUGAUAUGUACUAUAAUGAAGAAGGUUACUUUGUUCUUAGGUUCAAAUAUUUCAAUGACAGAGAUGAUGUGCUGAUGAAGGGACCAUAUUCAAUUCAUAAUGUGCCUGUUCUAAUUCGAGAGUGGAGCCCUGAUUUUAAAUUGAAGGAUGAUUUCUUGCGCACUCUACCAAUUUGGGUAAAAUUUCCACAACUUCCCCUAUACCUUUGGGGUGAAGUGAGUCUCAACCAAUUUGGAAGUGCCUUAGGGAUUCCAUUGGUUACAGAUGAAUGCACAGCUAAUCAUUUGCAAAUUUCUUAUGCAAGGAUUCUUAUGGAAAUGGACAUUACGCAAAAGCUCCCUACUAAAGUUACAAUUCGUGAUAAUGAUGGAAACAGGUUACAGCAACCUAUUGAAUAUGAGUGGAAGCCUAUGUAUUGUAAAAGAUGUCAAAAGCCUGGACAUAACUGUGAUCAAGCCAAACCAAAUACAAAGCAAUGGAAGCCAAAGCCAAAAUCCCCAACAGGUGAAAAGAGUGAACUGGCAACAGAAGUUCUAACUGAGGUACCAAAAGCUCCGACUGAGGGUCCAAAAGAUACUCAGGUGGUAGAGACUGAAUCAAUCAAGACUACUAAGAAGGCUGAAGAGGAGCAGACAUGGAAAGAAGUUAGUAUCAGUGGUGGGGAUCGAGGGAAAAUACCUAUGGUUACUAAUUCAACAGAUAACCUUACUUGUGAAAAUGGCUUUGAUGCAUUGCAUAUUUUGAAUGACCUGCAAGUGCUGCAAGACAUUGGUCAAUGUUAG